UCUAAGAAGAACGCUUGUUCCACACGCUGCCUGGACAAUGCAGCAUUGGCUGCCACCCCCUCUCUCAGCCCCCAGCCGAUGCCAAAGCGGGCGGCCGGCUGCGGCUGAUGAAUAGUGGGUCUGUUCCAGCAGCUGAGCGGCCUGGUCCAGCAGGGAGAGAGACUCCGGGAUCGCAGAGUGCCCCGCUCCUCGUGCCGUCUGCAGGGAAGAGAGCCGGGGGCAGCAGGAUGGCUUCAGAAGGGGAGAGCAUCAACCUGCAAGGCAUGAAUCCUCAUCUGCGGACUAAUGGGCCAAUGAACAUCAACCAUUAUGCAACCAAGAAGAGCGUGGCAGAGAGUAUGCUGGAUGUGGCACUGUUCAUGGCAAAUGUCACACAGCUCAAAGCCGUGCUGGAGCAGGGAACUUCCUUCCAGUACUACACCACCCUCAUCGUGCUCAUCAGCAUUUCCCUCUUCUUCCAGGUGGUGAUUGGGAUCCUUCUCAUCAUCACUGCUCGUUUGAACCUGAAUGAUGUGGUAAAACAACCCCGCCUAAAUAUACUCAACAAUGCUGCAACAGCUCUCAUCUUCAUCACAGUCAUCAUCAAUAUCUUCAUCACGGCCUUUGGGGUGCAGAAGACCGGCCUCUACCCUACCAGGAAUUUUCGACCUUAUUAAGUCAAGGGGAAGUGGAGUCAGGAUCUGAACAGCACAACCAGUGGGGAAAGCUCUCCUUGAUGUUUUGAACGAUCUCAGCAGGAUCCCAGCAAAGAAUCCAGAGAACAGAGUUGAACUUUCAAAAUUGUACUUGUUUUGUGGUAUACCUGCCCCUUAACUAUAAGGCUUAUGCAGUUCUGCAGGGAUGAAGAUUUCCAUUGCUUUUCAAAGCUAGAGCAAAUUUUGCAGCAAUCUCUAGAGAAAGCUGCAGGAACAGCAGCAGGUACAUAAUUUCAAAGCACACACAUCUCUUACUACAGCUGCCUGCUUCACAUAGUGAAUAUUGGCUCAUUUUGUAGAGAAGAGUGAACAGUGUACUUGGUAGGACAAACAAAUAUAAGAUAUCCAGCUUCUUUGGUCUUAAGCAUGAUUUGCUAUAUCUAUAUAUAGAUAGCAAUGCUGAUUAGUAGUUUACCUUCCAAAUGGCUCUCUCAAACCAAAAGAAGUUAUCAUGAGACAAUAGGAAAGUAUGCAUAUCAACAUAGCUAAAGAGAGAUAAAAUAUUUUCCUAACUGUUUAAAAAUAAAAUGAAAUGAGAAACAGUUAUGAAAACAAUCAGAUAUUUCCAGUAUUAGGAAGUUAACAGUGACAGCAAAUAGAUAUUAUAUUCCGAUGUCAUCAGCAGGGGUGUGUAAGGAGUGCUGCCUGAGCAGCCUAACAAAAGGUAGGAGGGAAACAUUACACAUCAGACACUCUGGACUAAUUGCCAUGAUAGCACAUGACAAAUGUGUAGGGUAUUAGUUUAUUUAUAAGUUACCAUUUUAAUUUAAGGUUUUAUCACUAACAUCAAUGUUGUAAAUAUGUAAUCUCCACAUUGACAACGCUAGGAACUCUUUUUAAAGAAAGAUCUUUUCAGUACAAGUCUUUGAAUUGAAGAUUUUUCAGAUUUUCUUUAAGUAGUAAACACUUUGGAUCCUAGAUUUUAUAAGUCUGCAGUCACAGUAAUUGAGAUUUUAACAGCCUGGUGUAAGCCUACUUAA